AUGAAUGCAAUUAAUAUGAAUUGGUUAUCUUCGGCAGAAGGAGAAUCUUGGGUUCAUCAUUUCUAUGUAAACUCUUCUAAAAAGAGAAGAUUUUAUGGCAUUCUGGAGAGGCCAUCGUUGCCUUCCUCUAUCGAAGAGGUCACUUACAAAAUUUUUAUGGUAGGUAGAUCUGGUGUGGGAAAGACUUCAGUGAUAGCAAGACUUGCAGGAAUUCUCGAUUCCAAUAAUUAUACAGAAACCAAUGGGAUAAGAAAAACAAACGUUUACUGGCCUGUAAAAAUCUGGGAUAAAGUCAUUCUUUUUAAACUGCAAUUUUGGGACACUUCUGAAAACAGUAUAAAAAAAUACAGUCACAUAUUACCAAUAUGCAAAAAUAAAGUUGAUGCGAUAUGUUGUGCGUUUUCCUUUGACGACACAUCGAGCUUUAAUGACAUCCCAUAUUUGAUGAAUACAAUGGCCAGUGUAAAAGGAAAACCAGCAAACAUAGUGAUUGGCACAAAAUUUAAACCUUGGUCGAAUUCAAUGAUAAAUGAAACACAGAUUAAAGAAUUCGAGGACAAAUGGAAAGUUAAGGUGAUUAAGAUUGAUACUAGCAAAUUGUCAGUUGGAUCCGAGACAUUUGAUUGCUCGUAUCAAUUAAAUGCUAUCUGUAACAUUUUGUGGAAUAGAGAUAAAGAGUUUAUAUCGAAAUUGAUGGGACAAGUUUAA